UCUCGGCCUGCGGAAUCACAAUCGCGAAGUAUGCAUCUCAUUAGCAUGGAUAGCUGAACCAGCAGGCCAGCCCAUAGGCAAAGUAUAAAUGCGGGUCCCACCCGUUGGCCCCAUAAAAUAGCCAGCUCCCUUGGCGGGUCGUGCACAUUGAUUCCGACAUGGCUUCGAGUGCACGGCUCGCGUUGUGCCUACAGAUCUCCUUCGUCUUGGCUGCCGCCUUUAAAAACGAUGGAAAAAUCGUGAAUGGAACCACCGCGGCGCCCGGCGAGUUUCCCUUUGUGGUCUCCCUGCGUCGUUCGAAGAGUGGCAACCACUCCUGCGGUGCCACGCUGCUCAACUCCUACUGGGUACUCACCGCCGCCCACUGCGUCCGAGGAUCCACACCGGAGCAGGUCGAUGUGCAGUACGGCAGCCAGCGUCUAGCGCGAAACACCACCCAGCUGGUCAAAGUAGCUGCCAUCCACGUGCAUCCAGGAUACGAUCCCCAGAACAAGUACGUCCACGACAUAGCACUUCUGCAGCUGAAGGAUUACGUUUCCAUGAGCAAGCGCGCCCAACCGGUGCGGCUCCCUGAGCCUCGUCAGCACACACCUGGAAAUGCUAGUGCUGUCCUUGCUGGAUGGGGUCUGAAUGCGACUGGUGGCGUGGUACAACGGCACCUCCAGAAGGUCAACCUUCAAGUUUUCAGCGACCAGGAGUGCAGUGAGCGUCACCAGGAGCAGCUGCAUAGCAGUCAGAUCUGCGCCGGCGUGCCAGAAGGCGGGAAGGGCCAGUGCAGUGGCGACUCCGGAGGACCCUUGCUGCUUACCAACUCGGACACCCAAAUAGGCAUCGUAUCCUGGAGCAAAAAGCCGUGCGCACGACCCCCGUUUCCCGGAGUGUUCACGGAGGUGUCGGAAUACGUUGAUUGGAUUGUAACCACCGUGGGCAGCUCAUCUACCCCGUCGUCGCUGUGGGUAGGCCAACUAGUAGUGGGGCGGUCGCCACCAGCCCUACUCAGUUAGGGAACCAUCCGUAAGAAAAACACUUGGAACACCCCUCAGUAAAAUACCUCUGCAUAAAAUA